GUCCCUUGCUCGCUCGAGCGUCUACACUCUAGACCACGAACUUUCGCACUUAACAUGGCCAUUUUUGCUUCUUGAAUGACAGAGAGCAGUACUUGGACUAGUCGCGGCCAAAUUUGCGAUAAAUCCUUCGUCCUUAGACCAGCACUACCCAAGUUUUCUCCCGCCGCUUACCAAAUGGAAACCAUCUUGUUCAAGCUCUCUCUUCUAAUCCUCAGUUCCCUCUGUCUCAAACUUCUCCGCUGCGAUGGAGCGGAUCGAAUCACUCCAACCCGUUCACUUUCCGGCGACCAAACGAUCGUCUCGGCAGGAGGAGUCUUCGAAUUGGGUUUCUUCAAGCCUGGGAAAUCAGGAAAUUACUGCGUAGGGAUUUGGUACAAGCAAGUUUCUCCAAGGACGGUAGUUUGGGUAGCAAACAGAAACAGUUACUCCCCUCUUCCCGACAGGUUCUCUGCCGAGCUCAAGAUUACCGAUUACGGAUACCUGGCUCUACACGACGGCUCAAAUCGAGAAAUUUGGUCCACCGGUAUGGUGGACAGGAAUUUCCGCUACGCAGAAGCUGUGCUUCUGGAUGAUGGAAAUCUCGUCCUAACGUCAAAUGGGUCUUCUCCAAUUUCCCCAAAUCAAUCGCUUUGGCAAAGCUUUGAUCACCCUGGAGAUACCUGGAUCCCCGGUGGCAAGAUUGGGUUCAACAAGGUUAAGGAGCAAGAUAUCUCUCUGACCUCGUGGCGAAACAGAGACGACCCUGCUACAGGCCCCUUCUCACUCAAGCUGGGGCCAAACCGGUCACUCGAGCUCCGGAACAUGUACACGGCUUUUCGGGCGAGCGAAUCUUUCUCUGGGCGUGUUUCCAGCUCCAUUUCGGAGAUGAAAUUGAAGCUCAUGAGCCUUUCUUAUGUGGAUAAUAGGAAUGAGAGCUAUUUAACCUACUCUCAGUACAACAUCUCCCAGCUGGCUCAACUUGUGGAGGAACCUAAUGCCUUGAUUAAGCAGCUGUACGAGUCCGGGUACAAUGGCUCUUUGUUCUCACGGUAUGUUGUGGAUGUUGAGUACAGUUCUGAGGUCUUUUACCGUGGCUGCUAUAGAAGCUCGCCUCUUCAGUGCAGGAAACCUGAUUGGUUCUUGCCAAAUCACAAUGUGAAAUUACCUGAUAAACCUGAGACGACAGUUGCUGGAAGUCCAAAGGAUUGCGAGGCGGCUUGUUUGAGAUCUUGUAGCUGUACAGCUUAUUCCCACAGUGGAGACCAAUGCUUCACUUGGUAUGGGGUUCUCAUGAAUUUGCAGCAGGAUGUCCCAGGUGGGCAAACGAUCUUCAUUAAACUUGCAGGUUCCGAUUCUAAAUUCCCAAGUUCGGAGAAGAAGAAAAGGGUUAUCAUUGGUUGCGUGGUGGGUUCAGUGAUUGUGUUGUUGGCAAUUACUGUAUCUGUAGUAAUCGUUAGAUUGAGAAAGAAGCAAAAGGCUGAACCUGGAAAGGUAAUGGAAGGGUCUUCAGUUGCUUUUACCCAGAAAGAGUUAAAGAUUGCUACAAGGAAUUUCACGGAGAAGUUGGGAGAAGGAGGGUUUGGUUCUGUUUACAAAGGGACACUGCCUGAUUCCAGUGUUGUAGCAGUGAAGAAGCUGGACGGCGUCAGCUUCAGCCAAGGUGACAUGCACAAGCAAUUCCUUGCAGAAGUCAGGACCCUUGGUACAAUCCAACAUAUCAAUCUGGUUGGUUUGAGAGGGUUCGCUUGUGAUCCUACUAGGAUGCUUUUAGUCUAUGACUAUAUGCCCAAUGGUUCGUUAGCUUCCCAUCUGUUCACGGGAGAAGAUUCGAAGACUUUAGAUUGGAAGACACGGUACAACAUCGCACUAGGAACAGCCAGAGGGUUAGCUUAUCUACAUGAGAAGUGCAGGAAAUGCAUAAUUCACUGUGACAUCAAGCCAGAUAACAUACUUCUGGACUCUGAAUUCAAACCCAAAGUGGCGGAUUUCGGCAUGGCAAAACUCUUCGGUAGGGACUUCAGCAGGGUUCUAACAACAUUUAGGGGAACAAUAGGAUACCUAGCACCUGAGUGGCUUUCAGGGGAGGCCAUUACAGCCAAGGCUGAUGUUUACAGCUACGGGAUGAUGCUUUUUGAGCUAGUAUCAGGAAGGAGAAACUCACACAUUACAAGGACAGGUCAUUACUUUCCAACUUGGGUAGCAACUGUUGUAAAUGAAGGCGGGAACGUGCUAGAUCUAUUGGACCCUAGAUUGAAUGGGAAUGCUGAUAUUGAAGAGGUGGGAAGAGUUUGCAGAGUUGCUCUAUGGUGCAUCCAGGGUGACGAAAGUCACAGGCUGACAAUGAGCCAGGUCGUGUAUGUUCUUGAGAAGAUUUUGGAAGUGAACAUUCCUCCGAUUCCAAGAAUUCUCCAGACAUUUACUGAUCUAGAUUCUAAUGGCCAACAAUUCUGGAUUUCUCGGUAGAUUCGAAAGCUCUUAUCUUUGUUACGGUGUGGAGCCGCCAUGAUCCUUCUUGUUAUCCAGCAUUGAUUUCUUAUCCAACUCGAUGUCACCAUCGUUUUGGUAAACCAUGAUGAUAUCAGCAAAAUUGUACCUGUUUGGAAGGGAGGAAAAGCAGCAUGCAUGGGAAUGAGGGUCGGAUAGAUAGAGGAUGCUCCAGCCUCAAAUCAGA